ACGGAAGCCUAAACGUGUGUGGUCUGGCCUGUUCUUCAUCCCCUCGUCUCCAUCAGCACAGCUGAUCUGAAUUUGAAGCAGCGAUCAAAUGUUCAACUUUACAACGACAAGGUUUUAAUGCAAAUCAAGUACUCCACAUGAUCCACCGACAUCAUAACCACAAUCAUCCGCUUAUGAUUUCAUUGUUUCUUUACGUUCUCUUUCAUCAAAGAGUACCGAUUGUCUGAUCAUUUCGCUCUCUGGAUUUUUUAUCACUCAUCAACAUAUCUAUCAGAAUUUCGUCAAGUUCGUAAGGAGAAGAGAUGACGGAAGAGUAUUCAUACGACGACGCCAUUGAAGGACUGAAGCAGCUUCUCAGUGAGAAAAGCGAGCUUGAAACCAUCGCCGCCGCGAAAAUCAAGCAACUAACGGCUGAUCUGGAGGCGGCCUCUACCAAAGCCGUUAACCCGGUAGAGAGGAUAAAGACCGGAUUUGCUCAUUUUAAGACAGAGAAAUAUGAAAAGAACCCAGAUUUAUAUGAAGAGCUAUGCAAAGGACAAAGUCCCAAGUUCAUGGUAUUUGCGUGCUCAGAUUCUCGGGUUUGUCCCUCACACAUCUUAGAUUUCCAACCAGGUGAAGCGUUUAUGGUUCGAAACAUUGCAAACAUGGUCCCUCAAUAUGACAAGAUAAAGUACUCGGGAGUGGGGGCAGCUCUUGAAUAUGCGGUAGUGCAUCUUAAGGUGGAAAAUAUUCUAGUAAUGGGACACAGCUGCUGUGGCGGGAUUAAAGGACUCAUGUCUAUCCCGGACGACGGGACAACACAUUCUGACUUCAUAGAGGAUUGGGUAAAGAUAUGUGACAUUGCUAAAACCAAGGUGAAAGCAGAAUUCGGCGAUUUGGAUAUUGCAGAACUAUGCACCCACUGUGAGAAGGAGGCUGUGAAUGUUUCCCUAGGGAACUUACUGACUUACCCUUUCAUUAAAGCAGCAGUGUUGAAUAGAUCACUUUCGCUACAGGGAGGAUACUACAACUUCCUCAAGGGUAGUUUCGACUUUUGGUGUCUUGGUCAUGCUAUUUCACCCUCUCUUUCUCUAUGAGUGUUUUCUUUUUCUUAUAUCCAAUGUUUCCAAUAAUAUGUAUAUUUAAACUAGAAAAAGAUAAGGCCAAAUAAAUCCAUGACAUGACAUGACCUGACCUACCCCUAAACUAAACUACUAAUGUAAGGGUCUUCUGUCUUCAUGAAUUUAUAUAUAUUAGACACAAAUCAAAUGUGACAAUUAAUAUGUUUGAUGUUUUGUUUGUUUA